AUGGCGAAUCGAGACGAGGUCGAAUCCGGCCCCAGGGUCGUCCCUGAGACGAACGACAAUGAGAAGCGCCCUCAAUAUGACGAGAAGGAGUCUGACACCGAGGUCGACUCCAAUACUGGAGGUUACAGGGGUAUUGAGAAGAUGCAGGCUUUGACUCAGGCGUGGACCAAGCCAUGGCUCAUUGCUGCGUAUCUCCUCAUCUGGCUCGUCUUCUUCACCGACUCGCUUCAGCAGCAGAUCUCCAACUCUCUACUGCCGUAUGUAGUCAGUAGCUUUGGCCUGCACGGCCUCAUGAGCGCUACCGGUAUCGUGUCCAACUUGGUUGCUGGUGUGAGCAAGCUGCCACUUGCUCGAAUCAUUGAUGUUAUCGGCCGAGUGCAGGGUCUUUUGAUCAUGCUGUUCUGUGUUGUCAUGGCACUCAUUCUCAUGGCUGUCUGCAAUAACGUCCAGACCUACGCUGCUGCUCAAGUCUUCUUCUGGACCGGCAUGAACGGUAUCGGCUAUGUCCUCAACAUCUUCAUGGCUGACACGACGACUCUCAAGAACCGAAUGAUCCUCUUCGGCUUCGCGAACACGCCUUACAUCUCCAACACGUUCGCUGGUCCAGCCGCGGCCGAAGCGUUCCUCAAGGGUAGUACCUGGCGAUGGGGCUAUGGUGCCUUUACCAUCAUCAUCCCCGUCAUUCUGUCUCCCCUCAUCGCCAUCUUCACCAUCCAACUUCGACGUGCAGAGGAGAAGGGCUACUACGUCAAGGAGAAGAGCAACCGCACUGUGUGGGAGAGCAUCAAGUACUGGGCCAUUGAACUUGACCUCGCAGGAAUGAUCAUCAUCGUCGCAGGUUUCUCUCUUCUUCUUCUGCCAUUCAGUCUUGCCGGGUACCAGGAGCACAAAUGGAAGGAGCCCUCCGUGAUUGCGAUGCUCGUCAUUGGUUGUCUUUGCAUCAUUGCCUUCCCCUUCUUCGAGAAGUACAUCGCGCCCAAGUCCUUCAUCCCUUUCGAGCUCUUCAAGAACAGGACUGUCCUUGCUGCUUGUCUCCUGGGAGGUAACAUGUGGAUCAGCUUCUAUUGCUACAAGUUGCAGUUCUCUUCCUACCUUCAGGUCGUCUACAACCUUAGCGUUUCCAAGGCUGGAUACAUCACCAACAUCUACAACAUCGUCUCUUGCGGAUGGGGCGUCCCAGUCGGAAUCCUCAUGCGACUUACCGACAGAUACAAGUGGCUCGCCAUGGUCAUGCUGCCCCUACAGAUCCUCAUGACAGGUCUGAUGAUCAAGUUCCGCAUGCCUGAUACCCACGUUGGCUAUAUCAUCAUGUGCGAAGUCCUCGGCUCCGUCGCCGGAGGUACCUUUGUCAUGAUCGAGCAAAUCGCAGUCAUGGCUUCUGUCCCUCACCGAGACGUCGCUGUCGGUAUUGCCCUUCUCAACUUGAUCACUAGCGUCGGUGGUGCCAUCGGACAGUCUAUUAGUGGAGCCAUCUGGACGAACCUCAUGCCCAGCAAGCUCUCCAAGUACCUCCCUGAGGAGCUACAGGCUGAUGCCCUCACCAUCUACGGCGAUAUUACCCAGCAGCUGGCCUUCCCUUGGGGAAGCCCCGAGCGAGAGGCAAUUGUCAAGGCUUACGGAGAGACUCAAAAGGUCAUGUUGAUUGCCUCAGUGGUUGCUCUCGCUGGUCCGAUUGCAUGGAUUACUUUGAUGAAGAACCACCGUCUGAGUGAAAGGGAGCAGACCAAGGGACUGCUAUUCUAA